CCCACAUUUAUUCAACAGACAUUCCUUACACCUCAUCAGAUAACUGUAAAUGAAGAAAAACCCUAUGAAUGCAAGAAAUGUGGAAAGGUCUUUAGUCAGAAUUCACAAUUUAUUCAACAUCAGAGAAUUCAUAUUGGUGAAAAAUCUUAUGAAUAUAAGGAGUGUGGGAAAUUUUUUAGUGGUGGCUCACGUGUUACUCGACGUCUGGUGAAUAAACCCUUUGAAUGUAAGGAUUGUGGAAAGGCCUUCAGUUACAACUCACACCUUUCUCAACAUCAGAGAAUGCAUACUGGUAAGAAACCCUAUGAAUGUAAGGAAUGUGGGAAGGCCUUUAGGUACUACUCAAAUCUUAUGGACCAUCAGAGAAUUCACUCUGGUGAAAAACCCUAUGAAUGUAAAGUGUGUGGGAAAGCCUUUACUAAGAGCUCACAACAUUUCCUACAUGUGCGAGUUCAUACAGGUGAAAAGCCAUAUGAAUGUAAGGAAUGUGGCAGAGCUUUUACUGAGAGCUCAAAGCUUGUUCAGCAUCAGAGAAUUCAUACUGGUGAGAAACCCUAUGUGUGCAAGGAAUGUGGCAAAGCCUUUAGUUAUGCCUCAGCACUUACUAAUCAUCAGAGGAUUCAUACUGGGGAGAAACCCUAUGAUUGUAAGGAAUGUGGGAAGGCUUUUACUCAGAGUUCACAACUUCUUCAUCAUCAGAGAAUUCAUGCUGGUGAGAAACCCUUUGAAUGUCUUCAAUGUGGGAAGGCCUUCACUCAGAACUCCCAACUUCUUCAACAUCAGAGAAUUCAUACAGACGAAAAGCCAUAUGAAUGUGGUGAAUGUGGAAAGGCCUUUAAUAAAUGCUCAAACCUUACUCGACAUCUGCGAAUUCAUACUGGUGAAAAGCUCUAUAACUGUAAAGAAUGUGGAAAGGCAUUUAGUAGUGGUUCGAAUCUCAUUCGUCACCAGGGAAUUCAUACUGAUGAAUAAUAAAGUUUAAAGCGCUUGUCAUCUUUCUAAUAUUUUAAACAACAGCAACAAAAAUUCAUGUUACCUUCUUUCACUAUUUUUUGCUUACAGAUAUAAAUUGACAUUUGCCUGUUUGGCCCACUACCAAACCUUGUACUAAUGGCAGUUGUUGAAAUAACAACUAUCUUCUCUGUUAUUUUGGUCUAUCUUCUUGGUGAUAUGUUAUAUUCUUGUUUAUAUAUUUGCUUGUGUUUCGGGGCUGUCUUUUCUUUGAUCUUUAUAUUUGUGCUUACACCAACUUCACUCUGUGUAAAUUGUGUGACCUUGUAUUUUUUAAAUCUUUGUAGAAAUUAUAACUUUGUUUUUGAA